AGCCAGAGAUGGAUGACUGCCUGGAGACACUGAAAGAUGAGGAGGAAGCUUUAUGGGAGAACGUAGAAUGCAACCGGCAUAUGCUGAGCCGCUACAUCAAUCCAGCCAAGCUGACCCCCUACUUGCGGCAGUGCAAAGUCAUCGACGAGCAAGAUGAGGAUGAGGUGCUUAACUCACUUAUGCUGCCUUCCAAAAUUAACCGAGCAGGCCGACUGCUCGACAUUCUCCACACCAAGGGCCAAAGGGGCUAUGUAGUUUUCUUGGAGAGCCUAGAGUUUUAUUAUCCUGAACUCUACAAACUGGUGACAGGGAAAGAACCUACACGGAGAUUUUCCACUAUUGUUGUGGAGGAGGGACAUGAAGGCCUUACCCACUUCCUAAUGAAUGAGAUCAUUAAGCUUCAGCAGCAAGUGAAGACAAAAGAUGUGCAGCGCUGUGAACUGUUGGCCAAGUCUCGCCAGUUGGAGGAUGAGCGAAAGCAGCUCAAACUGAACAAGAUAGAGCUGCUGACCUUCCAGGAGAGAUACAACAAGAUGAAGGAGGAGAGGAACAACUACAAUGAUGAGCUGGUCAAGGUGAAAGAUGAGAACUACAAUCUGGCCAUGAGAUAUGCCCAGCUGAGUGACGAGAAGAGCAUGGCUGUAAUAAGGAGCCGAGACCUCCAGUUAGAGAUUGACCAGCUGAAGCAUCGCUUGAACAAGGUGGAAGAGGAAUGCAAGCUGGAGAGGAACCAGUCUUUGAAGCUCAAAAAUGAUAUUGAAAACCGACCCAAAAAGGAACAGGUUUUGGAGCUGGAGCGGGAAAAUGAGAUGAUGAAGACUAAAAUCCAGGAGUUACAGUCCAUCAUUCAGGCUGACAAGCGGAGUUUGCCAGAUUCAGACAAAGCCAUUCUGGAUAUUCUGGAACACGACCGUAAGGAAGCACUAGAAGAUCGUCAUGAGUUGGUCAACAAGAUCUUUAACCUCCAAGAAGAGAUUCGUCAUGUGGAAGAGUUGAGAGACAAGUAUCUUGAAGAGAAAGAAGAUUUGGAGUUAAAGUGUUCAACACUAGGAAAAGACUGUGAGAUGUACAAGCACCGAAUGAACACUGUGAUGAUACAGCUAGAAGAGGUGGAAAAGGAGCGAGAUCAGGCAUUCCGCUCGCGUGAUGAGGCUCAGACACAGUAUUCACAUUGUCUGAUUGAAAAGGAUAAAUACAGGAAGCAGAUUCGAGAGCUGGAGGAGAGAAAUGAUGAACUCCGAAUUGAGGUGGUUCGGAAAGAAGCUUGUAUUGUUAACCUGGAGUGCAAGCUCCGACGGCUCUCUAAGGACAACAACUUUCUCGACCAGAGUUUACCACGGAAUCUACCCGUCACCAUUAUCUCCCAGACGUUUGGGACUCCUGGCCCAAAAGCCAAUGGUCAGGAAGCAGAUGACUCCUCCACUUCUGAAGAGUCUCCAGAAGACAACAAAUUCUUCUUGCCUGAUCAAGCUCGACUCAAGAGAAGAUUGAAUCUAAAGGGAAUCCAGAUAAAUCCAAGAGCUAAAUCCCCUGUCAGCAUGAACAAAACGUCAGAGUUUCAAGCAGUCAGAGCACAGGAGGAAGAUGGGGCUGACGCCAGCAAUGGCCGCACGGACACAAGUUCCUCUGUUUCCAUCAGUAACUCCAUCAGCAGCUGUGAAGUCAGCAAGAUUCAAACCCUGAGGAACCGCAAUGACAGUAUCAUGUCUACCACUCCUGAGCCGCCGGGAAAUGAUUCAAUAGUGCGACGUGUCAAAGAGGACACCCCUCAGUGCAGCCUGGUUGAAGAGGACAACGACAGCUUUGGAUAUGAUGCUUUGGAGCUGGACGAUGACAGUCAUGACAGGCAGUCACAUGGAGCUCCUUCGGUGCACUCUUCCUCUUCUUCUCAUCAGUCAGAAGGCCUGGAUGCCUAUGAGCUUGAGCAUGUCAGCUCCAUAUUUAGAAAGUUCUCUCUGGAAAGACCUUUUCGUCCCUCUGUCACAUCAGUUGGUCGCAUUAGAAACUCCUGCCACACUGUCCAGCGUGUAACACUGAAUGGAGACAACCUCAACUCAGAAAUCACUCUGGUUGGGGGCAAUGCUAAAGGGAGCUUUAUUAGCUCUGUUAAGACAGGAUCACUUGCAGAGAAAGCAGGCCUUCGGGAGGGACACCAAAUCCUACUGUUGGAGGGCUGCAUUAAAGGGGAAAAUCAGAGUGUUCCCUUGGAUACUUGCACAAAGGAAGAAGUUCACUGGACAAUUCAGAGGUGCAGUGGUCCAGUAACACUCCAGUAUAAAUCAAAUCACGAAGGUUACAGGAGACUGCUGUCGGAGCUGGAAGAAGGGCUGAUCACAUCGGGGGACUCAUUUCAUAUCCGCUUGAACCUGAACAUCUCCAGCCAGCUGGACUGCUGUUCCCUGUCAGUGAAAUGUGAUGAGAUUGUUCAUAUUCUUGACACCAUGUACCAGGGGAGGUGUGAGUGGCUCUGUGCCAGAGUUGAUCUGUUCACCGACAGGGACCUGGAGAUGGGGACCAUUCCCAGCUACAGCAGAGCCCAGCAACUUCUUUUGGUGAAGCUGCAGAGGUUGAUGCACAGAGGAAGCAGAGAUGAGACAGAAAGCUCACAUAACACCCUUUGGGCACUCCGGAAUACAUUGCAGCCAGAGGAGCCUGCCCCACAGAGCGACCCAAAAGCCAGCCCUCGCCUCUCCAGAGCAAGCAUUUUUCUGGGCCAAAUAUUACAGUUUGUCAGUAGGUCUGAAAAUAAAUACAAGCGUAUGAAUAGCAAUGAGCGAGUCCGUAUCGUCACUGGCUGGCCCUCUGGUCUGGCAUGGACCUCAUCUGAAGCAAAGAAGGUUUUGCCUGAGAAACUGGAAGAUUUGGAUUCUGAAAAUGAAAUCAAUAAGAGGCUCAGUCUCAUCCCUUAUAGCUUGGUGAGACCAAUCCACUGUGAGCGCAGGCGCCCUGUACUUUUCACCCCUACCAUGCUUGCUAAGACCUUGGUGCAGAAGCUUCUCAACUCUGGAGGUGCCCUGGAAUUCAACAUAUGCAAACCAGAUAUUGUAACAAAGGAAGAGUUUUUAAGGAAGCAAAGAAUGGAGACUAUCAUCUUCAGCAGGGAAAAGAAUCUGAACACAUAUGAAUGUAUCGUACCUGCCAAUAUUGAGGCUGUCACUGCCAAGAACAAGCAUUGCCUCCUGGAAGCUGGAAUAAGCUGCACAAAGGAUUUAAUCAAAGCCAAGAUAUAUCCUAUUGUUCUUUUUAUCAGAGUCUCAGAGAAAAACAUCAAGAGGUUCAGGAAACUAUUGCCAAAGCCAGAGACUGAGGAUGAGUUUUUACGUAUGUGCCGUCUGAAGGAGAAAGAACUGGAAGCACUGCCAUGUCUUUAUGCCUCUGUAGAGGCCGAUGCAUGGAGCAGUAUUGAAGAUCUCAUCCGAACAAUAAAAGACAGGAUCGGAGAAGAGCAGCGCAAAACCAUUUGGAUAGAUGAAGAUCAGCUAUAAAAACCAAUAAGUAAACUGGAGCUCUUUGGUGACAAAAGGACAUAGCCAGGUGGAGCAGGGGCUCACAGAAUUCUCUGGUUAGGUGCCCAGUGCUCACUCCUGUUUCACCCCUGCUGGUUGGGGACUUCCUGCUGGGGGAAUGCAUCUAUGGAAUAGAAUUGGAGCUGUGUUGAAUAGCCAGUGUCUCAGGUGCUGGGGAUCUAGGAUGUGGGUCAAACCACAGCCCCACCACAGCUUCUGGCUCACCAGCAUCUCUUAAGGAACAGCAGCUGUUUAACAUGUGAGAAGGACAAAGAUCUUGAGAGGGAGCUUGGGGUAAUUUAUUAUGUUAAAACUAUGGAUCUCAUUUGGCUCAUUGAAAAACUUCUGAUGAGACCAGAUAAGUAGAAUUUAAGAGGAAUAAAUUAAAACAUGGGGAUUGGGCUAAAGGAUAUGGAA